GGAAGAAACGACCGGAAGUUUACAAACAUCAACCUAGCAAGCUAACAUUUAGCAUAACAUUUUGGAAUUUUGACCUGCCGUCUAAAAGCCCAGCUUACAACGGGCAAGAGGAAAGAUGGUUUGUGAAAAGUGCGAGAAGAAGCUUGGUAAAGUCAUCACCCCUGACACUUGGAAGGAUGGAGCACGGAAUACAACAGAGAGCGGUGGGCGCAAGCUAAAUGAAAACAAGAUGCUGACUUCUAAGAAAGCCAGGUUUGACCCUUACAGCAAGACAGGCUUUGCAACCUGUAGGAUCUGCAAGAGCUCAGUGCAUCAGUCUGGGUCACAUUACUGCCAGGGCUGCGCCUACAAGAAAGGAAUCUGUGCAAUGUGCGGAAAGAAAGUUUUGGACACCAAGAACUACAAGCAGACAUCUGUGUGACAGUUUGCUGAUCAGAGAACAGUUAUGUGACAGAAGAACUGAUGUAAGGAUGGGACUGAGGUGUAUGUUUGUCAUCGUUUUCACAUUUUCCCCACAAUGUCCUGUGAUAGACAGCUUUAACUCUUUACUGUUAUUCUUCCCACCUCAGUGAAAGAAAGAGAUUUGGAGAUGGCUUUGUCCUCUUAUUAUAAACUAUUAUACAAUGCCACUGCAAUUAUUACAGUGGCCAUACACAGGCGAGCACUGUUAACUCCAAAUACUCCACCAGUUAUCACCAGUUUCUUAACCUGAGGCUUCUACGUUUUGUGUUAAUUUUAAAUUCAAUACUUAGACUGAAUUUUUUUUGCUUUUUUUAAAAAUGUUUUCUGUGUGUAAUAUAUCAAGUGUUGCUUUUUUUGAGUGAAUUAAAGCAUUCAAUAUGA